CUCUCCAGGCAGCAGCAGGGCGGAGAAAGGAGGAGGAGGGAUCAGAGAUCUGACGCAGUGUGAGCAGCCGCCUCACUUCCACUCCCCGCUUCCAGGAAGAGAGACACCCAGCGGCUCGAAAAGAUCCCGGAAAACACAGAGAUUUACCCGGACAGGGAGCUCCAGAGGACGGCGUGUCGUGGCCAUGAGGCAGCCGGUGCAGGACAGAGUGCAGCCGCGACACCGGACCUCGGACCCGGGACUCCACCCGGAGCUGUAACCGCGGUGGUUUGUUUUCAUUGUGUGCAGAGUGGCGCAGGAGAAAAGGAUGCCUCCGCGGCCAAACACGCUCCUCCUGCUCCCGUCGAAAAGCUGCAUUGUCCCGCGACAUAAACUGUGUUUUAUCCCCUCUCUGACGGAGGGUUUGCUGUUUCCUGAAGCACGUUGUCCACCAUGCUGCCCGCUCCAUGAAAACUCUCAAUGAUAACAACAAGGAGGAGGAGGAGGAGGAGGAGGAGGGGGAGGGGGGGGGGUCCGCCAUGGAGGACAAGGAGAACAAUCUGAAAACGGCCAGAUUAUGGAGGGAUGCCGCCCUGCGCUCCAGGAAGCUGCGGAGCAACCUGCGCCAGCUCACGCUGUGCUCCAAAGACAACCAGAUCAUCCUGCCGGAGGACAUUGCCGAGGUAGAGGUGCUCAACCUGGGCAACAACUCCCUGCAGGAGCUGCCCGACGGGCUGGGAUCCACCCUCAACAACCUGCACGUCCUGGUGCUACGCAGGAACAAGUUCACUGCGGUCCCCCUGGUCGUGUUCGAGCUGGGGCAGCUGGUGGAGCUUGACGUGAGCCACAACUGCCUGAGGAGCCUGUCGGAAGGCGUGGGGCAGCUGAAGGCGCUGAAGAAGCUGUGCAUCAGUCACAACAAGAUCCAGGCUCUGCCCUCUCAGAUCGGGGCACUGCAGCUUCUGGAGGAGCUCGACAUCAGCUUCAACGACCUGCACGCGUUCCCCAGAUCUUUCUCUAGCCUCGCCAAGCUGCGGACGCUGGAUGCAGAUCACAACAAGCUGAACCAGUUCCCCCCCGAGAUCCUCGCCCUCGGCGAACUGGAGGAGCUGGACUGCUCCGGGAACAAGUUCGAGGUGUUGCCUGCGGAUAUCAUGAAGCUGCAGAGCAUCAAAAUCCUGUGGCUCAGCAGUCUGCACAUGUCCAGGUUACCGGACUCGUUCUGCCUCCUGCAGCAGCUGGAGAGCCUGAUGCUGGACGGGAACGAGCUUGCGGCGCUGCCCGCAGCUUUUAGUUGUAUGCAAAGACUCAAAAUGCUCAAUAUCUCCUCUAAUGAGUUUGAGGACUUCCCCCAGGUUAUUUUAAGUAUCACAGGGUUAGAGGAAAUCUACCUGAGCAGGAAUAAACUGACUCAUAUUCCAGAGGAAGUGGGGCAGCUGGUGAAGCUCGCCAACCUUUGGCUGGACAACAACAACAUCACGUAUCUGCCCGACUCCAUCGUGGAGCUGGAGAAGUUGGAGGAACUCGUCUUACAGGGUAACCAAAUAGCCAUACUUCCAGAUGAUUUCGGAAAGUUGUCCAAAGUGAACAUUUGGAAGGUGAAGGACAACCCGCUCAUCCAGCCGCCGUACGAGGUGUGCAUGAAAGGCAUCCCUUACAUCGCGGCCUAUCAGAAGGAGCUCGCACAUUCGCAGCUCGCUGUGAAGCCGCGGCUGAAACUCGUCCUGAUGGGGAUGCAGAACGCGGGGAAGACUCAGCUCAGGCAGAGCGUGGUGAGCACGCAGCAGGAUGCUGAAGGCGUCCAGGGGAACAAAGGGAUUGAGGUGACUAACUGGGUGGCAGACGCUGACCGCUGCCUCACAUUUCUGGUGUAUGAUUUGUCAGGGAAGCAUAACUAUGACCUCAUCAAACCCUUCUUCCUCUCCCCUGGUGCUCUCUACAUUCUUGUUGUCAAUCUCAAAGCAUAUUUGCCCAGGAACUUCUACGCCCACGUUGGGUAUUUUCUCCACCUACUCGGUGCCAAAGUGCCCCACGCCGUUGUGUGCUUGGUGGGCACGCACGCAGACUUGUGUGCGGAGGUGGAGGUGGAGGAGAAGAGUCUGGACAUUCACCGGCAGAUCGGCCUGCAGGAGCAGAGGGACAUGCACAUCCUGAGGAGCGAGGCUCUGCAGGUGGACCGGGCGCUGGAGCAGGGCUUCAACGUGCGCUCCUCCAGCCCUCACGUGCUCUUCUACGGAGUCUCGGACAGGAACCUGAGGCGGAGGAAAUCCCAGCUGCAGUACAUGCUGAACCAGCGGCUGCAGAUUCUGUCUCCUGUGCUGAGCGUGAGCUGCACGGAGAGCCAGAGGAACAUCCAGAGGCUGAGGGAGAAGCUCAUGUCCGUGGCAGAUCACAGGGACAUCUUCCCCAACCUGCACCGCAUACUGCCCAAGUCCUGGCAGAUGCUGGAGGAGCUGCACUUUAAGCCCAAAGAGCUGUGGCUGUCGUGGUGGGACUCGGCGCGGCUGGGUCUCCAGGCGGGGCUCACGGAGGACCGGCUGCAGAGCGCCUUGUCCUACCUGCACGAGAGCGGGAAGCUGCUCUACUUUGAGGACAGCCUCACCCUAAAGGAGUAUGUUUUCCACAAUCUUCCGCGUUUCAUUGCAAUCCUCAACGUCUUUUUCCAGAGGGACGAGUCCACGCUGCUGGACAGGCUGCUCUCAGAGGGGGAGAGGGGGGACAAGGGCAGAGUGAGUCUGGUUAUUGAGGACGAGAAAGGGGAGACCCUCAGGGUGACCCACUUGCAGCACCACGUGGAGGGCUUCCUCCAGCACGGCCUUUUGCCCUCCAACGUCAUCCGCCUGCUGCUCCGGCCACUCAUCCAGACGCAGCAGGACCUGCACCUCAUCAUGGAGCUCCUGGAGAAGAUGGGGGUCUGCUACUGCAUCAACAAACCCCGCAGCAAGCCUCUGAACGGAGCCACAGCGUGGUACAAGUUCCCCAGCUACGUGAGCAGCGAGGAGCCGCGGGCGGAAGCGGAGGCCAGCGGCUCCUCGCUGCCUCUGUGUCACUUCUUCUCCGUGGAGCAGCUGCACAUCCUGUACAGCUUCCCCUUCCUGUUUCCUCCCGGUCUGUUUGCUCGCUUCAGUGUGCAGAUAAACAGCCACGUGGUGCAGCGGUCGGACGGCCGGCAUCAGAUCCUCGCCUAUCGAGGGAAGGUCCCCGUGGUGAUCAGCCACCGGCCCCACAAAGGGAAGCUGCAGGCGGAGACUCUGUCGAUCUCCAGCCACGCCUCGCUGCCCAACAUCUGGACGGCGUGGCAGGCAGUCACUCCGCUGGUGGAGGAGCUGAACGUGCUGCUGCAGGAGUGGCCCGGCCUGCACUACUCGGUCCAUAUACUCUGCUCCAAGUGCCUGAAGAGAGGGUCCGCCAACCCACACGCCUUCCCAGGGGAGCUGCUGAGUCAGCCGAGGCCUGAAGGUCUGACGGAGAUCGUGUGUCCAAAGAACGGCUCGGAGCGAGUCAACGUGGCUCUGGUUUACCCCCCCACCCCCACCGCACUCAGCCCGUCUCAAGUGAUGUGAGGGCCGGCUCGUCUCCCUGCACCACCUGCACCUUUUACUGCACCUGCUCCACCUGAACCUACACCUCCACCUGCUAAGCCUGCCCCCCCCCCCCCACCCCACCCCCACUGAACUGACCCUCCAGCUGAAGCGUCACUGCCUCACUUGUUGUUCAGCUGCGUCUCAUCUUGAUGAGCACAAACUGUAGCGUCCAACUUCCCCUCACGCCCCGCCACAAUAAAAUGUCUCUGCUGUUUUUAUUUUCAAGACUCUUUCAAUCAUUUCUAACACUGAGAAACUUUUCCAACCGUGGGCACCUUUCUGCCACGUCGAGUUUUUACUGAAAUAUUCUGAAUAUGUUUUAAACGUGAUGCUCGUUCUGUAAAUAUUUCUCUGCUGUCGGGAAAAUGAGAAACACACUUCCUGCUUCCUGCAUUGAUGUCAUCAUCCAAUAAAAGUCAAUCACAGGA